UCUGGUUCUCAUAACAACCGUUCAACCACCGCUAAAACUCUCUCUCUCUCCAUCUCUCUCUCUCACUGUUCAGAUAUUAUUCGUUUACCAAUUCUCUAUCUGAAAGUAGGUGAGGAGUCGAUAUUCCUUAAUCGGCAAAUCGAUUCUGUCGCCGGAGAUAUGGAUACUCCGUCGAAGGAUCGUGCUUUCUAGCGCUGGAGUGCCGACCAUCGUACCGAAAUCGGCGAACUCCUUGCUUCUAGUCGCGUCUUCUUUCUAAACCCUAAACAAAGGACGACUGUUUCCUCUCAACUCAGACUCCAAGUUAUUCCUACCUUAGAACACCGGUAUUCCGAAAGAUAAAGGUAUAUUUGCUUUCCGCCCAACCCUCUCCAAUUUUGGACGUUCGGAGAUCAUAGAUAUACAACUGCUUGUUUCUGUGUCUUCAAACAUCUUUUAAUUUAUUAAUAAUUUCUUGCUCUAGAAUAGAAAUUAGGUAGAAGUAAAUAUUUGGGGGUAAUUUGACUAAGCUUCGGCUCCGAUGGAGUGGAGGGAGUGAAAUAUCACAAGUGAUUUUGCAUCGGUGGUUCCAUGAGGAUUCAGCCUAUAGAUUUCACCUCACCUAAAGAACCGUCUGGAUAUGAACCGGUUAAGCCUGUGGCUAAGUCGCGGUUCAAGCGGCUUUUCGAGAGGCAAUUUCCUGCUCUUCUGAGGACUCUGUCGGGGGAGAAGCCGGCCGGUUGUGAGGAGCCGAGCUGCAACAAAGAUGCCUCGGAUGAGUUCGAGCCCAGCUCCGUUUGCUUGGCUAAGAUGGUUCAGAAUUUCAUCGAGGAAAGUGAGGAGAAGCAUCGAUGCAGUCGGAACCGAUGCUAUUGCCUCAACAAAAACUGUACGGACUCUGAGGAAGAUGCUGCCGAUUCAUGCAAUUGCUUCGGUGAAUCGAGCAAUAACUCCUCCUCUGCGGAUGCAUGUGAAAUUCUGAAACAGAGUUUGGUGGCUUGUGUGAUUGUAUCAGAGAGAAACCUCUUGGCAGACACAACUAAGAUCAUUGAGAAGAAGAAGAUUUGCAAGCGAAAGGAUCAUGUCUGCCGGAAGAUCAUAGUGGAUGGCCUCAUAGCUCUUGGAUACGAUGCUUCUAUCUGUCAAUCUAAAUGGGAGAAAUCUGCUUGUAUACCUGCUGGUGAUUAUGAAUACAUUGAUGUGGUAAUUCAAGGAGAACGAUUGGUAAUCGACAUAGAGUUCAGAUCAGAGUUUGAAAUAGCUAGGUCCACAAAAACUUACAAGUCAGUUCUUCAAGCAUUGCCCAAUAUUUUUGUGGGCAAAUGCGAUCGCCUGCAAAAGAUCAUUUCUAUAGUAUCUGAGGCAGCUAAGCAAAGUUUGAAGAAGAAAGGUAUGCCUGUUCCACCAUGGAGACAAGCUGAGUAUGUCAAGGCCAAAUGGUUCUCUCCCUACACUAGAAUUGACUUGACAUCUUCAAAGGCAGAGACUUGUUUGAAGGUGGAGGAGGAGAGUGUGUGUUUGUGUGAAGCUAACUUGAAAGUGGGAAAGCCGAAGCCGAGUAGUAGGAAGGAAGAUGAUGAGAGUUGCAGUGAGUUUGAGGUGCUGAUGUUUGGAGAGGGAACUUCCAAGUCCAAACCUUAUGGUGAAGAUGAUGAUAAGGAGAUGGGUGUAGGUGAAGCACAGGAGACUAAAGUGAAUGGAGGGAAGAAAAUGACUGGUUUAUCUUCUUUGAUUGAAGAGAAGGCUUGAAGUUUUGGAGCUUCAAUUCAAUGGUCUCUGUGUUUUAGUAUACUAAUAAUAUUUUUUUUUUUCUUGUUUUCUGCCCCUGGGUUUUGGUAUUUGGGGCACUAUAGAAUGCAGUCCAAGUAUUAUAUGUCUUGGCCUAAGUAUGUUUUGAUCAAGUAAUGCCCUUCACCUUUUAAUGUAAGGGUACUAAGUGUUAAUGCAAUACGAUCACUAGUAGUAAUAGUGGCAGUAGUGAAGAAUAGGGGUUGUGUAACUCUGACAUUUUGGUGUGUGACAUCAAUAAUAUUGAUUGAUCUUAAUAACCUA